GUUUGCGGGUUAUAGAAAAUCAGCUAGCGGGACAUAAGCUGUUCAACUGUUGUAUGAUGUCAUUUUGUUGUUUUUGUAAGAUAGAUUUAGCGUAAUGCAAGAGUUAUUUACUUUUUUUGUACUUGGCGUGCACUUUCAUCAAUUGAUCAGUAUGUGCGGUCCGUAAGGGCAAAAAUAAUAGUAUGUUUAUUUUGUUUAGGGUUUCUUGUAUGAGGUUUCGUGCGUCAUGUAAUGAAAUUGUAGUCUCUUUGUUGCAAAAUCAGCAGCUUUUCCUACAGUAACUGCACAAAUUGUGCUUAAGUUGUUCUCUUUAAGUGAACAGGAACUGUCUUGUCAUGCACGACUUGCGUAAUAGUUAGCUUUUGUUUUAUCUUUUUUUUUCUUACCUCUCUUGUCACCUACAUGUGCUAAAUGUAUAAGCUGUGGAUUGGGUACAACAUGAUUUUUUCCCCCAUUUUUUUGAGGUGAAAGAGUUGGAUUGAACAAUGCAGUGAAAUGCAUUAUUUGUAUAAAGUUGCACUUGCAGCACAUUUUGCAUCACUGCUUGUCAUUCUCAUUUACAAACUAAUCCGUUUGUUACUUAGCUUGACGUUGUUUACUUGACAGAUUUUCUUUUGUCUUGUGUUGUUCUAAAUAGCGUUUAUGGGUUAUGUACGUCUGUAUUGUCAAACAGGAAGACAUUGUGGUCACAUUGAGUUUGUUGCAUGUGUCUGAUUUGUCGAAUUGACCUCACAGAGGUGAGACAGGAUUUUACCUUAUUUGGACAUGUUGGUGAUAGGGGUGGAGACAUGAUGCCGACAGCCACAUGAUGGCACUGAUUUCCAAGCCCUGGCAGACUGCUGCCGAGAACACCUCGGAACCUGCACACACCAAACAUCUGCUGAUCGCACAGAAUCAUGUGUGGAGCAAAAUUUUGAAAGCUGUAGGUAAAGAUUUACAUGCAACCUGUAACAUUUAUGGGUUAAAAAUGAAACGGGUAUGAUUUAGUCAGUUCGACGCCAUUUGUUAUCAACCCGUAUAAAGAUCAGUAAAGUAAUUCGAUUUAUUUUUUGGAGUUUUUUGCCUUUAUUUCGAUUGUACGGUACGAGGUGACAGGAAGCGAAGUGGAAGAGAGAAGGGGUGGGAUCAGGAAAAGACCUCGAGACGGGAUCAUCAUGCCGCAUGUCGACGCAUUUGCCCACAAGUCUAUAAGCUCUGACGUAACCUGCAAGUUUAUGUUUCAAACAGAGAUGGCGAUAGAGAGGCAAAUGGUUGAUCUCUGAAACCCUCUAACUCCUCUGCGUGUGUUUCUGUGUCAUGUCUGACAACGGUGAGCUGGAGGACAAACCACCUGCCCCCCCAGUCAGAAUGAGCAGCACCUUUAGCACUGGCAACAAGGACAAUAUGUCAACCCUUCCCGGCACUAAACCCCUGCCCUCCCUCCCCGAGGAGAAGAGAGACAAACACCGCUACAAGAUCACCUCCAUAUUCUCACAAGAGAAAGGAAGAAAAAAAGACAAGGAUAAGGAGCGUCCGGAGAUUUCCAACCCUUCGGACUUCGAGCACACCAUACAUGUGGGCUUUGAUUCCGUCACAGGAGAGUUCACGGGCAUGCCGGAGCAAUGGGCUCGGCUCCUGCAGACUUCCAACAUCACAAAAUCGGAGCAGAAGAAAAACCCUCAAGCCGUGCUGGAUGUGCUCAAAUUCUACGACUCCACCGGCAACACCAGGCAGAAAUACCUCAGCUUUACAGAUAAAGAUGCACCGGCAGCAAAGAAAGGCUCAGAGCAAUCACCGCUUAAGAGCCCUGAUGAUGAUGAUGACGAUGAUGCCCCUCCCCCUAUUGUAGCACCACGCCCACAUCACACCAUAUCUGUAUACACCCGCUCGGUCAUUGAUCCCAUUCCAGCACCUGCAGCCGUUGCAGAGACAGAUGCCAAAGACAAACAGAAGAAGGGCAAGGGCAAGAUGACCGAUGAGGAGAUCAUGGAGAAACUCAGAACAAUUGUCAGUAUUGGAGACCCCAAGAAAAAAUACACGAGAUACGAAAAAAUCGGACAAGGUGCAUCUGGUACAGUGUACACAGCCAUUGAUGUUGCAACAGGCCAAGAGGUCGCCAUCAAGCAGAUUAACCUCCAGAAACAGCCCAAGAAGGAGCUGAUCAUCAAUGAGAUCCUGGUGAUGAAGGAGAUGAAGAACCCAAACAUCGUCAACUUCGUAGACAGCUUCCUGGUUGGGGACGAGCUCUUUGUGGUCAUGGAGUAUCUCGCCGGAGGAUCUCUUACUGAUGUUGUGACAGAAACAUGUAUGGAUGAGGCACAGAUUGCUGCUGUCUGCAGAGAGUGUUUACAAGCGCUCGAGUUCCUGCACGCAAACCAGGUCAUCCAUCGAGACAUCAAAAGCGACAAUGUUCUCUUAGGAAUGGAUGGAUCCGUCAAACUAACCGAUUUUGGGUUCUGUGCUCAGAUCACCCCUGAGCAAAGUAAGAGGAGCACAAUGGUAGGAACACCUUACUGGAUGGCCCCUGAGGUGGUCACACGUAAGGCCUACGGGCCUAAAGUGGACAUAUGGUCUCUGGGCAUCAUGGCCAUUGAGAUGGUAGAGGGAGAACCACCUUACCUCAAUGAGAAUCCACUGAGGGCUUUGUACCUCAUCGCCACUAACGGCACCCCUGAACUUCAGAACCCAGAGAAGCUGUCGCCCAUAUUUAGAGGCUUCCUGAACCGCUGUCUUGAGAUGGAUGUGGAGAAGAGAGGUGGAGGAAAGGAACUUCUCCAGCAUCCGUUCCUCAAGCUGGCCAAGCCUCUUUCCAGUCUCACUCCUCUUAUACUAGCAGCCAAGGAGGCAAUGAAGAGUAAUCGCUAGCCUCCGAUGGCUGUGAAGACCUCCAUCACUCCGGCACAGUCUCUCAUCUGACCCUAGAAGAGGACCUUCGUGUUUCAGCCCUGAGGACUGGGCGACUGAUGACUUGCACAAUCAUGCCAAACUCUUUUUAAGUGCCUGAAGGGGCUGAACUGCCAGAAACUGUAAAGCCCUCUCGUUUUCUACUGAUGUCUUUCAUUUUGUUUCACGUUUUCGUGGGUCAGUACGUGCUUGAACGUUUCAUGAGUUUCUGUCCCGAUUCUGUUGAAUUGUGCUAGUCGCGACAUGAGUGUUAGUUCAUUUUGGCCUAACAAAGUAUUUUCCCUUUUUUAUUUUUCCGGAGAAGUAUUGUAAUACUUGGACUCUCAUAUAUCCGAUCUCUCCUAAUGACCUGUCACUUGUGCCUACUACCGGUUUGCCUUUAGUUGUCUCAAAAUGGAAAUGGAACAGUUGUGCUGUAUGAAAUGAACCAUUUCUGUCAUCGGAUAUUUGUUGUCUGAAUAACCUGUCGUGUAUUAAAUGGUUUUGUAUAUGAUGUACUUUGAUUCGCAUGCAGAAACGGAAAACAAAACAGGGAUCGGGACAUUUUUCACAAGCUGUUGUCUUAUUUAUGUGUGUAUGUAUACAGUGUUUUGUAUUUUAACUAACGGUCGGACACAAUGCCGGAAUCUAAUGCAUGUUCUAAUGUUUUUGCUUUAUUUCCUGCAUGUUUAGUCUAAAACCUGUUGAGUAAAAACUACAUGUCAAUAAGAAACGUUUUGAACGCUUA